UUUGUACAUAUUUGACUUUGAUCAUGCAUCUCACAUGAGCAUUAAUUCAAAUCAAAUGACACAUGACUCACAAUUGAAGUAACAUAUGCCAUAAAUUAAAGCAUCAAGGAUCUUUGUAUAACCCUUUGCCGGUUCUUCCCUUACGGUUUCUCACCAGUGUGGUCUUAAAACAUCAUUUAAAAAGCCAGUUGUUGACUAUUUCCCGGUUAGUGUGCGUUUAUCUAGACUAAAGAAGAGUACAUAAACAAGAUACAAAAAUUGAUUAAUUUUAAUAGUGAUAUUUUUAUAGAUAUUGUUUGUUAAGUUCGUCAGAGGUUAUUAUUAGUGUUAAGUCAAUCUUUUUAUUCUAAAGCAACAUUGAUUAAUUAAUAAUGGUUCGUGUGUAUUCAAUCUAUUUGAUAUUACUUAUAAGUUUGCUCAGUUCAACUGAGGCUUUACAUCUUAAAAGAAAAUAUGUUAAAAGGAAUACAGAUAAAAUAGAGUCGGAUCCUUGCGUGCCAUACAAUGCCACUCUGCCGAACUUCAAGAAAAAUGGACGAAGAAUUAGUGAAGUCAAAUGCGAUGAAUACGUGUGGCAGAGGAUGAAUAGACAGGAAAAACUCAACAGAUGGUUCCGAUGUCUCGCGCAACGGAGAGAAAAGGAAGGACCUGACGGGCUUUUCGUUUCGACUGAAGCAAUUGGAGGCCGAGAUGCGCUGCCAGGGGAAUUCCCACACAUGGGUGCAUUAGGUUGGAAAGCUGUAGAGGGUACUUGGAUAUUCAAAUGCGGUAGUACUCUCAUCAGUCCAAAGUUCACUCUUACGGCAGCUCACUGCUCUAAGACACCUCCAGACCCCAAAACGAGUUCCCAAAUUCCUCAAAUUGUGAGAUUUGGAGAUAAAAACAUAAUAGAUGUGUUUGCCAAUGGAUUACCUCCGAUAGAUGCUAACAUAGUUACUAUAACUGUUCACCCGCAAUAUAAGUCACCAUCGAGAUAUAAUGAUAUAGCAUUAGUUAAACUAGACAAAGAUAUUAUAUUUAUGAGUAACGUGCAACCAGCCUGCCUUUGGAGCAGUUCUGAUAGUAGUAUGCUUGGUUCAACAGCAACUUUAACUGGCUGGGGAGUAAUCGAAACAGCUACAAGAAAGACAUCUCCAAUUCUUCAAGCAGCAGUCGUAGAUGUAAUCGAUGAUGAGCUCUGCAACAAAUUGUUACAACGAUCGUGCAGUAGACAAUGGUGCGGAGUCAGAGAUCAGAUCUGUGCAGGAAAACUAGAAGGAGGAGUAGAUGCUUGUCAAGGUGAUUCCGGUGGACCUUUACAAGUAAAAAUACCUCUACCGCCAUCUGGUGAGGGUUCAAUGCAUUACGUUAUAGGAGUAACAUCGUUUGGAAUCGGAUGUGCUAGACCAAAUCUUCCCGGCGUUUACACGAAGGUUUCCAGCUUUGUGGAUUGGAUUGAAAGUAUCGUGUGGCCUGAAGAAAAAAUAUGAUACUUUUUUAUUUAAA